GGCGAAGGCGAUCAGGAACACGACCGCGUGCAGACUCGCAGCUGCAUGAGCUUUGGGAGCCUCAUCAUCGUGUCGUGUCAAGUCGCGUGCCUGCUGCUUCUUUCUUUCACUCUCUCGUCGUGCUCUCUCUCCGUCUCUCUGUUCCCACCCACCAGCCCCGCUAGUACACACAUCCGCUCAUUGUCUGCAUUGCAUUGCACUGCAUUACUCGCCCGCCCGGCUGCAUUACUCGCACUCACCGUCGGGUGCGUCCUAUCGAUAUCAACCACCGACCCACCGUGACGACUGCCACCGACUCUCCUCCACCGCACAUCGAUUCCCCACCACUGCAACUGCGACGUCUGCCUCGACUACCUGGAGUGCCGGCACUCCUGACGCCGGGCCGUGGAAAUGGUCUACAUUGACAACCAACAGGUCCUCAGUGCCGAGGAGCGACGCCUGCGUGAGGACAGUGCUCGCGAAAAGUACUGGAAGAAAUGGGGACCCUACACGGCCGAACGACAGUGGGCAACCGUCCGCGAGGACUACUCCAACGAUGGCGACGCCUGGAGCUCCUUUACCUAUGACAUGGCGAGAUCGCGUGCCUUCCGCUGGGGCGAGGAUGGCAUCGCGGGCGUGUCUGACACUCACGGCCGCCUCAACUUCGCCUUCGCCUUUUGGAAUGGCAAAGACGGUCAUCUCAAAGAACGUCUUUUUGGACUUUCCAAUCCUCAAGGUGUGCAUGGCGAGAGUAUCAAAGAAUGUCACUUUCACCUCGACAAUACGCCGACUCACUCCUACAUGAAAUUCCUCUACAAGAUGCCUCAGGAUCCCUUCCCCUACGAAGAUUUGAUCAAGACCAACGCGAGCCGAACCAAGGAAGAGAGAGAAUACAAUCUUGUGGAUACUGGCAUCUUCAAGAACAACAAGUAUUGGGACAUUUUCAUUGAGACUGCGAAAGAGGCCGACGACCCAGACGAGCUUUUGUUCCGUGUUACAGCAUACAAUCGAAGCUCGGAGCCAGCGAAGCUGCACAUCUUGCCCCAUGCAUGGUUUCGCAACACAUGGGCAUGGGGUUACGACUCUACCAAGCCAAGCAUCGAGCAGCUAGAUUCCCUGUCCGCUCACAUCAAGCACAAGGAACUUGGAGAACGGUACUUCCAGUGCUCUCCGUCGCCAAACAGCUGUGGCCGCGAGACAGAUAUCGAGCCCGAAUUCCUCUUCACCGACAAUGACACCAAUUACGUCGACCUCUGGGGGGCGAAACAGAACAAAACCCCGUACGUCAAGGAUGCCUUCCACAAGCGUGUCGUGCACGGCGACAAGAAGGCCGUCAAUCCAGAGAAGAAGGGAACGAAGAGUGCUGCUUGGUAUGCAUUCGACCAGGGUCAGGGCGUUCUACCCGGAGAGUGUGCUGUCGUUCGUCUUCGAGUCUCGAAGAAGGCUGCAGAAGGUUACAUGGAUGAGGAGCACUUCGACAAUGUCAUGGAACAACGUUUGGCGGAAGCCGACGAGUUCUACUACAAGCUCAAUCCUAUGCCCAUGACCGAUGAUCUUCGCAACAUUCAGCGUCAGGCUCUGUCUGGUAUGAUGUGGUGUAAACAAUACUACCACUUUAUUUGGGAUCAGUGGGCAAACGGCGAUCCGGCCAUGCCUCCACCACCGCCGGAACGGAAGCAUGUCCGCAAUGCCCAGUGGAAGCACAUGCAUCUGGACGACAUCUUGUCCAUGCCCGACUCCUGGGAAUACCCCUUCUUCGCCGCGUGGGAUACUGCCUUCCACUGCAUACCCUUAGCCAUGAUCGAUCCUGACUUCGCCAAGAAGCAGCUCGAUCUCUUCACCCGCGAAUGGUACAUGCAUCCGAACGGGCAGCUGCCGGCCUACGAAUGGAACUUUGGCGACGUGAAUCCACCAGUCCAUGCGUGGGCGACAUUCCGCACAUUCAAGAUCGAGCGCAAGAUGUACGGCCGCGAAGAUCUCGACUUUCUCGAGCGCGUCUUUCAGAAGCUGCUGCUCAACUUCACGUGGUGGUGCAAUCGCAAGGACUUCGAUGGCAAAAACGUCUUCGAGGGCGGCUUUUUGGGCCUCGACAACAUUGGCCUGUUCAACAGAUCAGAUCCCUUGCCCACUGGAGGGACUCUGGAGCAAGCAGAUGCGACCGGCUGGAUGGGCUUCUACUGUUUGUGCAUGCUCAACAUUGCCCUGGAGCUCGCCAAACAUCGCCGUAUCUACGAAGACAUUGCAUCUAAGUUCUUCGAGCACUUCAUUCUCAUUUCCGAUGCGAUGCAGUACCGGUCGGGUUCCGAAUCAAAGUCUCUGUGGAAUGAAGAAGACGGCUUUUACUACGACGCGAUAUCGUGGGGUGGGCCAUGGACACAUCAGAUGCCUGUUCGGUCUCUGGUUGGGCUCAUUCCCAUGUACGCCACUCUCACGCUGGAGCCGCAGGUCAUUAACCGCUUCCCGCAGUUCAAGAAGCGUCUUGAAUGGUUCAUCGAAAACAAGCACGAGGUCAUCUCCCGCAACAUUGCCAGCAUGAAGCGUCGGGGCAAGGACGAACGUCUCCUCCUUUCGUUCGUCAAUGAAGACCGCCUACGAUGCAUCCUGAAGUACAUGCUUGACCCCAACGAAUUCCUGAGUCCUUUCGGCAUUCGGUCCUUGUCCAAAUUUCACAAAGACCAUCCGGUCUCCAUGGAUGUCAAUGGACAAACCUAUUCUGUCGGCUACGUUCCCGGUGAUUCGGACAGUGGGCUGUUUGGCGGCAACAGCAAUUGGCGAGGACCUUGUUGGCUCGCGGUCAACUUCUUGCUCAUCGAAUCACUGUUGCGUUUCUACAUGUUCUACGGCAGUACUUUCAAGGUUGAGUGCCCGACUGGAUCUGGCGACUACAUGCACCUCGGCCACGUUGCGGAGGAGAUUCAGCACAGGCUGCAGCACUUGAUGUCCUCAGGACCCGAUGGACGUCGUGCGAUCUACGAUGGCAACGACAUGCUCGACUUUGACCCGCACUGGAAAGACUACCUGUGGUUCUUCGAGUACUUUGACGGCGACACUGGACGCGGUCUCGGCGCUACUCACCAGACCGGCUGGACAGGCCUCAUCGCCAAGAUCAUCCAGGAUACUGGCACAAACUGUCGUCUCCCACAGACACCGCGCACGCCUAGUAGUGCGGCUGCGCAUUACUUCGAUGACACGUUCAGCCGGCAACGUCGUGCUUCACUCGCAAGUGGCCGAAAGAGCCCUAGACUUGCUCGCUCGCUCACCCGAACACGAUCGAUCGGCGCUAGAAGCGACUGGAGCGCCACAAAUGGUGACGGCGACACUCAUGCGUCCGGAGACGAUGCCGAUGAGGCAUUCACUAACGGCAAGCCUGAACGAGCAUGGUCUAUCUACCAAGACGAUGCCAAUGGCAAUAAACCUCGACCAGAAGAUGAUCCCGAUGAUCCCAUCAACAGAUAUGUCACGGAGCAACUGCAACGAAUCAAGAGCAACGAGAGUCACGAGCAUGCUGAAGAGUUGGCGGCACAGAACGACGGCGCGAAUGAUGAUCUAUGAUCUGCUUUUUUGAGGCAAACGAUGAAAGGCGCAUUUUUAAGCUUCUUGUACCUACCUUAUUGACAGCAAGAUUACUAUGGACGCGGCAAGAGAUGCAUGGAAUGGCGAAGUUACAUCUAUCAGACCGAUAGAUCACCUAGAUACUAGAGUCUAGACGAUAGAAUGGAAUGACCUGAAGCACC